AAAAUGAGCAAUUUUACUUCGGUGUCUACAUUUCUGCUGUGGGAAUUCACGGAAGUACGAGAACUACAAAUCUUAUACUUCUUUCUGUUUCUAGCAUUGUACUUGGCAGGAAUUACUGGGAAUCUUCUCAUCAUUGCAGCAGUAGCCUUAGACCAUCACCUUCAUACACCAAUGUAUUUUUUCCUAUCAAACUUGGCCAUGAUGGACAUUGGCUCUGUUUCUGUCAUUGUACCCAAAUGUAUGACCAAUUCCAUUAUGAACAAUUGGUCUAUUUCCUAUUCUGGGUGUGUAGCUCAAGUUUUCUUUUAUUUCUUCUUUGCAGCAUCAGAUAUUUCCCUUCUAACUGUAAUGGCAUAUGAUCGCUAUGUUGCCAUCUGCAACCCAUUACAAUAUGAGACAAUUAUGCAUAAAGGAGCCUGCCUUCAGAUGGCAGCCAUUGGGUGGAUUACUAGUCUUCUUUAUUCCACAUUACACACUUCUGGCACCUUUGCAAACACCUUCUGUUCUAAUGCUGUGAGUCAGUUCUUCUGUGAAAUCCCAAAGUUACUGAAGCUCUCCUGCUCUGACCUUUAUUUAGUUGAAUUUGGGCUUAUUGUUCUAGGAUGUUGCAUGGGACUAGGAUGCUUCAUUUUUAUCAUUAUAACAUACAUGGAGAUCUUUUCUGCAGUGCUCAGAAUUCCUUCUGUUCAUGGCAAGAAAAAAGCCCUCUCCACUUGCCUUCCACAUCUUACUGUUGUCUCUGUGUUCGUAUUCAGUGCAGUAUUUGCCUAUGCAAGGCCUUCCACUCAUGAUCCUUCUGAUGUAGAUAUAGCUUUCGGAAUGAUAUAUACCAUAAUUCCUCCCAUACUGAAUCCAUUUAUCUACUGCAUGCGAAACAAAGAGAUCAAGAGUGCUUUGUGGAAGUUCUUAGAUUUUGGGGAUUCCUCUAAAACAAAAUUGGAUUGUAUGCUGUUCUGCAUGUGA